CCUCUCUCACCGAAAAAGAAACUUUGGCUCUUGGAAGUGUGAAGAUCCGCGUGGGGGAUGGGCAGUGAGUAGCCCUACAACCCCUCCUUGGAGUACCACGUCUUCCCCGGUCGGGGUCGAGCUGGGGUCCGGGCUGGAGGCGGGCCCAGGCCCGGGGCCCUGCCCAGCAGGCGGGCUCAGGCCUCAAUGUCGUAGGAUCUCCUCCUCGGGGCCAAUUCUGCCUCUGGGGCGCACCCGGGUGGCCUUUCCGGGCCCGCAGCUUCCUCCUGCAGUCCAGCCCCUCGCGCUCCCGCCCCCCUCCCUCGGCCCUGGUCUGGCCGGGCCCCGCGACGACGGCGACACCGAGGGUAGCGACGAUUGGGCUGCGUCCCGCCGUGUCCCCGAGUCCCGGGAGUCGGCGCUGCGCGCCAAAGUGACCUGGGCACAGCCUGGACCCCAAGUUUCACCAACCUUGUCUUGCUGGCUACCUGACUUCUUCCCUCUUGGAUUUGGAUGGUCCUGAGGAAUUAGGAAAGUGUUGGGGAGGAACUUUGGAGACAAAGGCCUCUCUUCCUCUUCCACAGGCAGGAGCAGCCAUCCGCCACAGAGAGCCCAGCUGUCAGCUGCCGCACAGGAAGAUGCUGCGUGGAUGGGGCGGCCCCAGUGUGGGUGUGUGUAUGCGCACAGCCCUGGGAGUGCUAUACUUCUGCCUCACAGGAGCUGUGGAGGUCCAGGUCUCUGAAGACCCUGUGGUGGCCCUGGUGGACGCUGAUACUACCCUCCGCUGCUCCUUCUCCCUGGAGCCUGGCUUCAGUCUGGCACAGCUCAACCUCAUCUGGCAGCUGACAGACACCAAACAGCUGGUGCACAGCUUCACUGAGGGCCAGGACCGAGGCAGUGCCUAUGCCAACCGCACAGCACUCUUCCCUGACUUGUUGGUACAGGGCAACGCGUCCUUGCGGCUGCAGCGAGUCCGAGUCACCGAUGAGGGCAGCUACACGUGCUUCGUGAGCAUCCAUGACUUUGACAGCGCUGCUGUUAGCCUGCAGGUGGCAGCCCCCUACUCGAAGCCCAGCAUGACCCUGGAGCCCAGCAAGGACCUGCGUCCGGGGAACAUGGUGACCAUCACGUGCUCCAGCUACCAGGGCUAUCCCGAGGCUGAGGUGUUCUGGAAGGAUGGGCAGGGACUGCCCUUGACUGGCAAUGUGACCACAUCCCAGAUGGCCAAUGAGCGGGGCUUGUUUGAUGUCCACAGCGUGCUGAGGGUGGUGCUGGGUGCUAAUGGCACCUAUAGCUGCCUGGUACGCAACCCCGUGUUGCAGCAAGAUGCUCAUGGCUCAGUCACCAUCACAGGGCAGCCUAUGACAUUCCCCCCUGAGGCUCUGUGGGUGACUGUGGGGCUCUCUGUCUGCCUUGUGGUACUGCUGGUGGCCCUGGCCUUUGUGUGCUGGAGAAAGAUCAAGCAGAGCUGCGAAGAGGAGAAUGCAGGCGCUGAGGACCAAGACGGGGAUGGAGAAGGCUCCAAGACAGCUCUGCGGCCUCUGAAACACUCUGAAAACAAAGAAGACGAUGGACAAGAAAUAGCCUGACUGGGAGCUGCUGCCUUCCCCAGGUGGGGAACCUACUCUCUGGCUGUGUUGAGUCUCAAUGUGAGCCCCACCCCCAACGCAUGGGUUCUACUCCACACCAUUCUUCAAAGGAUGUGGUACAUCGGCCACCCACAGCCUUAUUUCUCUGAUGGACUUGAUUCCCAUCAUCCUGCAGCCUUAUUUUCCCAGUGACACAAUACGCGAGCCAUCCUGCGGCCUUAUUUCUUAUGGACGUGACACACAGACCGCUCCACCUCAGUGUUCCUCUAGAGUCACCCAGUGGCCUUGUUUCUCCAGUGACACCACACGUGAGCCUUCCUUCGACCUUCUCUCUUAUGAACCCACACAAAUCACCCCACCUCCUUGCUCUUCCAAAGUCACACAGACUGUGUAACUGCUGUUAGUCUCCACGGCACAUAACUAACUAUUCAGAUGAACCCCUGCCAUCUUUAUUUGAAGCCAGCUGCACCGUCAUCUCUUGGUUUUUCCCAUGGCCCUGCUACAUCUCACUUACCGCUCCUCAACCUUUGUUCUGACUAGUGUGGAUCCCAUCUCUUCAGCAUCUCCCAAGACUUCGUCCAGACUCACCUGCCCUGGGCUUGGCUUUGGCUGUCUCCCUCCCUGGCUAAGUGUGAUGGGACACUCUCCCCAUCUGUACACACAGGUACAGUGACACUUGCGGCUGCACGUGCUGGGACACGUACAGACUUGCCUUGCAUGGUGUCCUCUGGCUGCCCUGGGCUGUGCCCAUUCUCCCCACAGGAAGCAGGUACUGGUUGCCCUGGUUCUCAGAGCCCCUCAAGGGGUCAGCCUUCAUCCCUGUGCUUUCCCAAGUUUGGAAUCUUUGAUACUUUUACUUUCUUAGUUAAAUCAAUGUCUGUAGAGCCACCAUAGGGGUCAGUGCUGAAUUGGGUGCCAGGGUCCUGCAACAAAAUCAGAGUCCCUUCCCUCGAGACCUCAGCUUCCAGCUGGGAAAUUGCUUCCUAUUAUACCCAUCUGUGCCCACAGUUUCUGGAUACCUCACUCUCAGCCCACACUAGCUCUGACCCAGGGCCUGGAGAGAGCACAGCCCUUUGCCAUACUUGGAGAACUGGGUGUUUCUAGAAUUUUUCUAGAUGUGGACUGAAAGGCAGGUGGCCACAGCCAUGCAGACCUGGAUGGGGGCAGCAGCCUAUGUCAUACUGGGACCGUCUCAACAGCUGGAGCCCUUGAGGACAAGAAAGGACUGCUCCUUACCAUGGUGCUAUUCUGGAGCUGGGGCUUGUUCCUGGCCUGUCUCUGACAGCCCUGGCUUCUUGCAGAGCAGAACUUCUGGUGUCCCCUUGAAGGCAUCUCUCCCACCCCAGUACUAGAGAAUGUGAGGAUAAUCUACAUGGACCCUGGCCAGGUGUCAUAGUGCACGCCUUUAAUCCCAGCACUUGGAAGGCAAAGGCAGGAGGAUCUCUGAGUUUGAGGCCAGGCUGGUUUAUGGCGCAUGUUCCAGAAUAACUGGGGCAACACAGAGAAACCAUCUCAAAAGACAAAACAAAAAUAAAAUAAGAAGCAAAUAUGAGACUCUGUUAAUGGGGUGCACUGUGGGAGAAAUAAAUGCCUUUGUCUUUCAA